CACGCAAGCAAGCACACAAGCAAGCAAAAGCAAAGACACCACACGCUCCUUCCAGCACAAAGCUCAGCCAUCCAAGAAGCAAGACUGUGUGGGUGUGAGACGACGAGCGGGGCUUGGAGCAGCAAGGCAACCACAACACACCACAACAACCAGCAAAAACAAGACACACGUACACACACGGCGGCAGCAAACUCGUUUAACGAGGCAACCAACCAGCCAACGCGUCCUUGCUGUUGUUCUUUGACUUGUCUACAGACGCCAUGAGUGAAGUGAUCACGGGCACACCAGCCGUUGACCGGCCGCAGACCCUGGCUGAGGCAUACGCAGAGCCAGAUAACUUCUUGGAGAUUGACGUGUGUGACCCAAAAACAGAGAUGGAGGGCACCAAGAAGUUCACAACAUACGAAGUUCGCGUCCGGACCAACCUGCCUGUGUUCAAGCAAAAGGAGUCCAGCGUGCGCCGGCGUUACAGUGAAUUCCAAUGGCUCAGAAAGGAGCUUGAGCGCGACUCCAAGAUUGUCGUUCCUCCUCUGCCUGGCAAGUCUUACGGCCGCCAGCUCCCUUGGGUGUCUGCAGACAAAGGGUUGUUUGCGGAGGACUUCAUUGAGAGGCGACGCAAGGGCCUCGAGGAGUUUAUCAACAAGGUUGCUGGCCAUCCCCUGGCCCGGAACCAGAAGAGCCUGCACAUGUUCCUGCAGGACCCCGUGAUUGACCGCAACUACACGCCGGGCGAAGUGCGCGGUCACCAUUGAUGGCUGUCCACGUGACGUGGCACAACCGCCACCACAAGCCCCCCCCCCCCUUUUUUUGCUUUGUGUUUCCCAGUCAACUUGUGUGUGACACGUCUUCCUCCACGAUAGCUGUACACACGCAUGCCCGUGCUACUGUGCUCUCACCAUCCUCUUGGCGUGUGCUGUGACUUGUGUCGCCGGUGUGAACGCGUCUGCCUUGUUGUGCACGUCUGUCCAUGGCUGUGUGUGUGUGUGUCUGUGUGUGGCUGACUUGCCCUUUCGCUGCAUCCUGCGUUGUACGCACGCAAUGUGCGCGUGUGUGUGCGUGGCUUUGGUGGUGGUGCUGUCGCUGUCGCUGUGGUUUUUGGUCCUUUGGUCCCUUGUGAUGUCUUUAGUUUGUUGGGUGGGAUGUUCUUUGUCGCCUGUCAUGUACUUGACCUUGCGUGCUCCCUGUCCACCCUCUUUCGAGCACACUUUAGCUGGUUCCAUGUCUUUUUUUUUUUUUUCUUCUGCCUUGGUCUUCGCGCAGCUUAAAUGUGCUCCCCAUUGAUGUGUGCCACGUGCCCACAUUCUCCCUUCCUUUCUUCCUUUCUUCUUUCCUUCCUGCCUUUGCUUUGUGCUCUUCCUUCUUUCCUUCAUUACUUCCUUUCUUGAUCGCUUGCUUGCCCUUCUCCAUCCUCCCCCCUUCCUUCCCCUGCGUCUGUUGCACUCCAUACAAUCACGACACGAGCUCCAACACAUCACAUCCUUUUGUCAGACUCAAUGUUGCCAUUCAAUUACGACAGGGCGAUGAAAGCCCCCA